AUAGCGAGGUCGGGGAAAGAAGGGGGAGGAAGAAGGGAUGGGAUCGGAAGGAGACGAGCAGAACCGUUGGGACCAAAGAAGCGAUUGGGACGAAGAGAGGUCCGCUUGGGUCGGUCAGAAGUCGGGCAAAGUGACGAUGGAAUGAAAUGAUUCUGCCCAUCUGCCGAUCUUCUCGUUAGCCAGGGUCACAAUUGGGCUACUCGAGUACUGCACAGUGCUCCUGUGGGGGCUCCCCAGCCAAACUACUCGAGUCUCCCCCUACAUAAAAUUAUGCACAGCCAUUUAAAUAACUCUUCCCUCCCCCACCCCAUCAGGCUCUUCCCUUCCCCCUCUGCUCGAACCCUUCCUCUCCUCCACUUUUCCUUUGAAGGUUUGGUCUGAUCCUAUUGGUCGGCCCGAAAAUGUCGUCGAGGAAUAAUUCAGUUUCGACCACAACUAGCUACGCUACUAAUGCCUCUUCCUCCACCGCGGCGACAAGCAUCUCGGCGCGGUCGUCAGAGGAUAGGAACACGGUUCUUUCGGAUUUCAAUCCUACGGUUGUCUUGUAUAUUCCGCCCCGCGGAAGUUUACCCUCAUCCAGGAAUGCAAUACCUAUUCACGACCUUACACCAUAUAUAAAGGUUCUCGACCGCGAGAACCUAACCAAGAAGCAGUUGAGGACUUUACACGCUACGAAGCCUUGGGAGAAGGAUGGCGAGGAUGGCGGACAGGGAUUGGUCUCGCGGAGGAUGGGGCUGGGCAGUGGACGCUCAGUUUUAGGGGAGUCGAUAGAGUGGAGGGUGCCUUGGGAUGUGAUGAAGCCGGCGAAAAUUAAGGGCGGCGGGGAGGAGUUGGAUGUCUGGUGCGGGAAGGAAGAUAGGAGGGCACAGUUGUUCGAUGUGGGCAACGCUAGGUACGUAUGUUUACGCUGGAAUUUUGGCUCCACGGUGCCGGAGUUUGUAAGGAGGAGGAGGGGGGGGGGUAUGGGAAGAGGAAGGAGGGGAAGGAGGAUAAUUUACGGCAUGGGCUUAUAUAAUGCUGGUGGUACCAGGUACGUCUGGCGAUUCAACGAAGGUUCCAACCAGGUCUUGCUUGAGAAGUACAUGGAAGAUACCAAGAGCAGACACUACAUUGGGGCACUUUACAUUAAGGUGAGAAUUAUCUCCGAAACCUCCUUGCCCUGCCCGCGUACCUGUACCUACGAGCGAUACGCUCCCGGGUUUAGGGAGGAAAAUUAUAUUCCCCAAUAAUUACAUCCCUGUCGCUAACCCACUUCCAACUGCCAGACAACCCCGUUCCCGGCGCUCGGCCCAUUGACAUCGAUCGGCGGGACAUUAAUCCUCGACGAGAGAGGACUCGACAAGCUCACCGCCCUCGCGAGCGUUCUUAUACUGCUGAAGCGAGAACGGCAACGAAGACGUGUUGGCGGAGGAACUGCCUAAUCUUCCCCUCCUCUCCCUCUCUUUUCCUAUCUUUUAAUCUACUCGCACCCUACUUUGCCACUAUUUCUUCCCUUUGAUUCACUUGUCAUUCAUACCGCUUGCAUCGGGGUUGUGUGGGAUGUAUCAUAAUAUUUGGGUGGUCGGAGUUUGGAGUUUAAGUGUGCCCGGGGGAUCGGUAGCAGAUACUCGAGGAGCAGGAUGCUAUUUAUCCGGGCAUUUUGUGUGGACGGACCUCAGUGGUUCAGAACUUUUUCAAAAAAAAAAACCCCCCGAAAAAAACAGGUUUAGGCAGGAUCUUUCUUUUCACUACUCUUAUCAUAAUUUACCAUACCGGUACUUGCUCUCUUUUUCCCCUUCCCCCUCCUUCCUAUGAUAUCCUUCAUUCUUCCCUCCUGCGCUGCGAGGAAAGAAAUACCGGUUCCUUGUCACACACCCCACCCCC